UUGGUUAGAAUGUAGAUAUCAUCAAUAGCAGAUUUGUAUCUGGACAUGCCCUUGACCAAACUCGGCACAAUGGAGGAGUCGUUCACAAUCUGGUGCACUGUUUUGUUUUUUUUGUUGUGUUUUUUUUGUUUGUUUGUUUCAUUUCUUUCCCCCUUUUCUGUUUUUUUUUUUUUUUAGGUCGGAUCCACUAGAGGUCGCUAGAGCACUGUUAAAAAAACAAAACAAAAACAAAAACAAAAAAAGCCCGUUUUGACAGGUUGUUAUUACAAAAGAUGAAGCCAACAGAUGAAACCAAAUUGUUAUGUCAUUUGGGCGCUUGAGCUUUGCGAUUGUGGGUCUGUUAAUAAUAAAUUGUUUAAGAAUAUAGCUCUGGGUUUCAUGCCUUUGUGAAAAGAGAUUCUCAUCCGUUUGCUUCUACGUGCACUGUAAGGUGGAUUUGAAUUUCCAUCCCUUCACUACACAUUGUAACAUUCUUGUCGGAUACAAUGAAGCUGAUAUAUGUCUUAGCCAAUGAACGUCUUUAUACAGGCGGAUGUGGUUUGCAGGAAAGUAUUACCAAUCACGACGCAGCUCCCACUUCAUAGAGGCGGAACUUGUGCGGGAAAAGGAAAGUUGGUACACGCCAAUCAUUUCCAGCGCUAGUGCCUCAUUGGUCCGUCGUUAUGAAUGAGGUGGGUCUUGACGACACUCACCGUGUAAGCUACUGUUGAAAUUCCAGUGCUAAGCAACUUUAGCCAGCUUGCUAACAUGUAAUUUGGCGAAUGUGAAGAACUACACAUACCGCGCUAUUCCGGAUUUAAAUGCAUGCAUAAUGUUUCAUGUCCAAUAGAGGGAUACUGGAAAAUCCGUCUUAAUGCUUGCUACUGCGCGUGUCUCAGUUACUGCAACCAGGACAUGUCCAGUUAGCCAGAGCGCAGCAUUCUGUGGAUAACGAACCUGGCAAGCUAACCAGUCAGCCCGUUCGGACUGGGUCUGUCUUGAGGGAUCUGAACAGGUUUCAUCGCGCCAGAGGACAGUAAAACCGGAUGCUGUGACUGCCAUGAGUCCCGCGGGCUGUCCUCAUGUCAACAGUUUUAAAGUGGACAACUGGAAGCAGAACCUGAGGGUUAUUUAUCAGUGUUUCGUGUGGAGUGGUUCAGCCGAGACCAGAAAACGCAAGGCCAAGUCAUGUAUCUGCCACAUGUGCGGCGCCCACCUCAACAGACUCCACUCCUGCCUCUACUGCGUCUUCUUCGCCUGCUUUGCCAAAAAACACAUCCACGAGCAUGCCAAGAGCAAGAGGCAUAACCUAGCUAUUGACCUGCUGUAUGGAGGAAUUUACUGUUUUAUGUGCCAAGACUACAUUUACGACAAAGACAUGGAACAGAUAGCCAAAGAGGAACAGAGGAAAGCGUGGAAGAUGCAAGGCAUAGGGGAGAAGUACUCAACAUGGGAGCCCACCAAGAGAGAGCUGGAGCUGCUCCGCCACAACCCCAAGAGGAGGAGAAUCACCUCCAACUGUACUAUUGGGCUGCGAGGUCUGAUAAACCUGGGCAACACAUGCUUCAUGAAUUGCAUCGUCCAGGCGCUGACGCACACCCCGCUGCUGCGCGACUUCUUCCUGUCCGACCGACACAAAUGCGAGAUGCAGAGCAACUCCUGUCUGGUGUGUGAGAUGUCGCAGCUCUUCCAGGAGUUCUACUCAGGCCAUCGGUCGCCGCACAUCCCCUUCCGUCUUCUCCAUCUGGUGUGGACUCACGCCCGUCACUUGGCCGGCUACGAGCAGCAGGAUGCCCACGAGUUCCUCAUCGCGGCGCUGGACGUCCUGCACAGACACUGCAAAGACGACAACGGGAAGAAAGCCAACAACCCCAACCACUGUAACUGCAUCAUCGACCAAAUCUUCACAGGGGGGCUGCAGUCUGACGUCACCUGUCAAGUCUGCCACGGUGUCUCGACGACCAUAGACCCGUUCUGGGACAUCAGUCUGGACCUGCCGGGCUCCUCCACCCCGUUCUGGCCCCUCAGCCCAGGAGGAGACGGGUCAGCGCUUAACGGAGAAAGUCACACCACUGGAGCCACGACACUCACCGACUGUCUGCGCAGGUUCACCAGGCCAGAGCACCUUGGCAGCAGCGCUAAGAUCAAGUGCAGCGGUUGCCAUAGUUACCAGGAGUCCACCAAGCAGCUGACCAUGAAGAAGCUGCCCAUCGUAGCCUGCUUUCACCUCAAGAGGUUCGAACAUUCAGCCAAACUGCGGCGGAAGAUCACAACUUACGUCUCCUUCCCGUUGGAGCUGGACAUGACCCCCUUCAUGGCUUCCAGUAAAGAAAGCAGGAUGAAUGGGCAGUACCAACAGACUGUGGACCCCUUCAACAAUGACAACAAGUAUAGUCUGUUUGCAGUGGUGAACCACCAGGGAACGCUGGAGAGCGGCCAUUACACCACCUUCAUCCGCCAACACAAGGACCAGUGGUUCAAAUGUGACGAUGCAAUCAUCACCAAGGCCAGCAUCAAGGAUGUGCUGGACAGUGAAGGGUACCUUCUCUUUUACCACAAACAGUUCCUGGAGUACGAGUAGUUCCCUCCAUCAGCACAGUCUGCAGGAGGAGACAAGGGAUGAUGCAAGGAUUACACUAGUCACAUGGGAAAGGGCGAGAGGGCGAUGGGAAAGGCGUUGAAACAGAAACACGAGCCUACCUGAAUCAGUCCGAAAUCCCAACUCUCACUCUUAACACGGAACCACCCUUAGCACAUACUAAUCUAGCUCCUAUGUACGACUUUCAAGACAAAAAAGUGUCUGCUGUGCCGGACCGUGCAAAAAGUGCAAAAGAAAAAAACAAAACAAACAAACAAACAAAAAAAAAACAAAACAAAAUGCAGGAAAUUUGGAAGUGAACUUUGUAUGGACACUGAAACAAUAUUGCAUACAUAAAAAGUUUUUUUUUUCACUUGAAUUCAGGAAAUGAAGAGGAAAGCAGCUGGGAUUCUUCUGUAAGAGAGAAAUGACUGCAGAAUCAGUCUGCACGCCUGGACUUUUUUUUUUUCCUCUCUCUCUUUUUCAGACCCACACAGAAGGGCAUGAGGGUUUUUUUUUGUUUUUUUUGUUUUUUUAAACCUUAGUUUACUUGAUCACAAAUGCUGUUCUCCACCAACGUCCUGUUUCAUGUUCGUACCGCUGCAUUCAGUGUCGCCUGAAAGCGUUUGUAAGCCGCAUGGGGAUUUGAGGCUCUAAAAAAAAAAAAGAAUUUCAUUUUCAUUGUCAAAACUGGCAACUUUGUGGACACACACACUUGUGUGACACACCCAACACUCCUCCAAAUGACCAAAUAUUUCAAGGAUGGAGGUUGUCUUAUGCAUUUUUCUCCACAAUCCCGAAGGUGGGUGGGGGGUGGAAUCACCUGACAUAUGGUAUUAUAUGAACAUUGUACAGAGGGAGAGACAGUUAAUUCCAUUCAUUACACAUAAGUUUGUCGCUGUCAGAUACUUUUAGGAAACCCAGUACGCAAAGGUUCUGUUAUUUUCUGCCUUUACAAGCUGCUUCCAACAGUCACACAGGGGGUUGGGGGGGGUAAAUUACACAGUGAAUACUAUAUUUUUAUACAUACCGUAAUUAAAUUGUUUGUUUACACUUUUGCAUUCUCCGUAAGCUCUCACAUUGCCUGUCCGUGUUACAUUGUGCCGUCAAUCACGUUUUUUGUGCACAAAAUU